AAUUGAUUUGUGAUAAAUGUGUUUUUAUCUUAUUGUGUUUGUGAUCUAUGCUAUAUUUGGUAAAUUUCGUUGCAAUAAAAUGUGGCUUGCAAACGAUACUUCGACCCGAGCAUACAGCAGUUGUGACGCAAAUAUUGUUUGAGCGCAGUCUUCAAAUGACGGAAGUUGCCUCAUUGGCCUCACUUUUGAUUUUAUUCAAGGUGAAUGAAGCACUCAAUAAUGAAGAUCGUCAGUUCUUUUUGCGACGGGAUCGUCGACAGUUCUUCUUCGAUUGCUUUAAUGCGGUAUUGGCCAAAAACAUUUAUGAUAAUAAUACCGAUUAUCCCAUACCGCCAGAGUUUCGGGCGUGCUGAAAGUGGUUCCCAAAUUCCGCAAUCCGUACACCAACCGGCUAAAUAAAUACUCCGAAGAAUACUACAGAGAUCAUGAUCGAGAUGGACUAUGGAAUUUGUUGUUCGACGUCGAUAAAAUCAAGCAAUUGGGCAAACGAUCCAAACAAUUCCAUCAUCAAAUCGUUACCAAUAGUGUUUCCGUAUCGGCACUGUACACCAAACUAGAGCAGGCGUGCAACGAAAAUGUGCAUUUACAGGCGGACAAUCUUGUAGGCAAGAAAUACGUUAUUGGCAUCGAUCCGAAUGAAAAAACGUGGUUGGCUAUAACGCGUCGCAACAUCCGGAAAACAUCUGAUGAACCGGCCGUUGAGGAAAACAUCACAAUACCAAACACGCGAUUCUACUGGGAAACUCGGCAGAAACAAAGAGAAAAAGAGGCGAAAAACUUGGCUGGAUGGUUUGAUAUCGAAGAAAAGAAUCAUCUGAAGACAUACCCAUUCGGUCCAACAUCACCGCGUAAUUCAACGUGGCAAUGGUACAUUGAGUAUCGCAUCAAAAUGCUACGAAAAGGAAUGUGAGCAUAUGCUACGCGCAAAUAUUCACGACUGGAUUUUGAUAAUUACAUGGAGUCGAACCAAGUAAAUGAUAACAUCGCCGUGACAGUGACCAACAACGAGCCGUCAAUAAUUAUAUUUGGUGCAUCGGAGAUGCCACCCAAUCGGCCAUUUGGUUUGAAGAGACGGAAAAGAUGUCCAGGAUCUCGGAAAUUUUUGGUGAGCGUCAAGAAACUUGGCCAUUCAGUGGUGAAAAUGGAAGAUGAAUGGGUAACAUCACAAACAUGCGCGAAUUGCCAAGAACGAUUUCCAGCGAACACAAAACCGCAUCGAUUCAAAGUGUGCUACGGUUGCAAAGCGAAACCGAUUGCUAGACUACCGGACUCAUUCGCUAGUCUACCAGAUAUAAUUGUGGCAACGGUUAGCAAACGUGCUUUGCAAAAGGGACGGAAGGAAAUUAAGCGUCGAAUUCGCAAUGGCAAUUAUCAGGAUGUGGAGAAAAUACUUCGGAAUGGGCGUUUAAUGUCAAAAGUUAAAGUUACCUACAAAAAUUGGCCAUUAAAUGUUCAGGGUGAUGUUGCUUCUCCACAGACAGCUGUUUGGCACCGCGAUAUUGUUGCUGCAAAAUGCAUUAUGCUCAAAGGACUUUGUCGGAUGUUUGGCGUACCAGUGCCUGAUUCGUUGAGAAGACCACCAAACAAUGUCAACUGACAAGCAGCAGCAUUGAAUCCAUAAAUUAUUAGAUAAAACAAAUAUUAUAACGAUUAGUUAGCUUAGCUAGGCUUGACACCACGUUCAUAAGAACAGUACAACUAUAGUACGGGGGGAAGGAGCCCGCAGACAAUAUUCCACUGCAAAAUCAAAUGAAAAGAAAAUAGCAUUGAAUAAAAAAGAAUGUUUUGGUGGUUAUGUUGCGAGGAUGUCACAUGACGGUGAAAAUCUCAUCGAAAAAAAGAUCAAAUCUCAUCGAUUUCAACGCCAGUGACACAACGACAGCAACGAAAA